UUUCCUGUGGCAUUACUUUUCAUUAGUUAGUUUAGUUUUCAGUAUAUUUUAUCACUAUAUUGUCUUUCAGAAUUUAUUUAGAAUAUGAUUAUUGUGCCUUUAUAUUUCACCUUCCCACUAAAUUCAGUUCUUUUUCUUUCUUUAUUCCUUCAUGCUUUGAUUCUGUCUGCCACACCCUCAUCAAAUAUUGACAUAAGGUUGUGUAGGCCUUGUAGGCUGCUGUUUCUUAUUGAUUUUGUAGCCAGGUCUUCUUUUGCUCUAAGGUCUUCAGCUCAAAAUGCAACUCAAUUCUGUCUUAUAGUUUAUUAGCUGUUGUAUACUGAGAGUCGAGAGAACCAUGAAUUUGUUGUGUAGAGUCCUGCUGUCCAUGUUUAUUAUCGGAUCAUUUGCAGUAGAUACUAGAAACCAAGGUGUAGUGAACAUUGGAGCUAUCUUCACAUUACGCAGUAUAAAUGGGAGAGUAGCAAAGAUUGCGAUGGAUGCUGCUGUGCAAGAUGUCAACUCCAAUCCCAAUAUUCUCAGGGGAAGGAGAUUAAAUCUUUUUGUACACGAUUCUAACUACAGUAGUUUUAUGAGCAUCAUUGGAACAUUACGGUUCAUGGAGAUUGAUACGGUGGCUGUCAUUGGUCCACAAGGUUCAGUUCUGGCUCAUAUAGUUUCUCAUCUUGCAAAUGAACUACAUAUCCCUAUGUUAUCAUUCACGGCAUUGGACCCCAGUCUCUCGCCUCUCCAGUACCCUUACUUCUUUCAAACGGCACCCAGUGACCUGUACCUAAUGAAGGCCAUAGUUGACAUGGUUGAUUAUUUUGGCUAUAAAGAAGUGACUGCAGUCUACACAGAUGAUGAUCAAUGCCGAAGUGGAAUAAUCAAGCUAGGUGAAAAGUUGGCAGAGAAACAAUGUAAAAUCUCCUAUAAAGCACCAGUUUUACCUGAGCCAUUGCCAACUCGAAAGGACAUUGAGAUUGCAUUGCUCAAGGUGAGGUCAAUGGAAUCCAGGGUCAUAGUUGUACACACUUAUCCCAAGACAGGAUUUACAAUUUUUGAUGUGGCUCGUGAUCUUGGAAUGAUGACUAGUGGAUAUGUGUGGAUUGCUACAACAUGGCUGUCCUCAGUUCUGGAUUCUAAUCCCAGUUCAGUAAACUCUAGCUCCGCUCUAGGAGUCCUCACACUUCGCCUUCAUACUACGGAUUCACCAAGAAAGCAAGCUUUUGAGUCUAGAUGGAACAAGCUGACCAAUUCCUCCAUUGGAUUGAACCCUUAUGGUCUUUAUGCCUACGAUACUGUCUGGAUUAUUGCUUAUGCAGUUCAAAAGUUUCUCAGCGAGGGUGGCAAAAUCUCAUUUUCAAAUGACUCAAGUCUAAGUGCUACAGGGGGACACACUCUGAAUCUUAAAGCAUUGAACAUUUUUGAUGGUGGGGAAAAAAUACUUGGAAAUAUAUUGCAGAGCAAUUUCACAGGUUUGACAGGUCCAGUAGCGUUUAGAUCAGAUGACAGGUCCCCGAAAAAUCCUUCAUAUGACAUCAUUAAUGUAAUGGUAACAGGCUAUAAGCAGAUAGGUUACUGGUCUAACCAUUCUGGGCUGUCUAUUGUUACCCCUGAAACUCUGUUAAAGAAACCUGGCAAUAUUUCACGCUUGAAUCAACGGCUGAAGAAUGUUGUAUGGCCUGGAGGCACAACGCGUAGGCCUAGAGGAUGGGUGCUUCCUAACAGUGAAAGACCCUUAAGAAUUGGAGUUCCCAAUAGAGCUAGUUAUAAGGAUAUCAUUUCAAAGAGCAACGACAAUGCCAGUAAUAUUGAGGGAUACAGUGUAGAUGUAUUCGUUGCUGCAGUAAAGCUGCUUCCCUAUCCACUUCCCUACGAGUUCAUCCUCUUUGGAGAUGAUCGUGAAAACCCAAGCUACAAUCAGCUUGUUGCUCAGAUCAGGGCCAAUGUUUUUGAUGCAGUAGUUGGUGACAUAGCAAUUGUCACCAAUCGUACAAGGAUGGCGGACUUCACUCAGCCGUAUAUAGAAUCAGGGCUAGUGGUAGUGGUACCAGCGAGAAGGCUGAAUUCAAGUGCUUGGGCGUUCUUUCAACCCUUCACUCUAUCAAUGUGGCUAGUCACAGCAGUGUUUUUUUUCGUCGUUGGAGCUGUAAUUUGGAUUUUGGAACACAGAACAAAUGAUGAAUUCAGAGGGCCGCCAAGAAAACAACUUGCAACUGUUUUGUGGUUUAGCUUUUCUACUAUGUUUUUUGCUCACAGAGAAAACACUGCGAGUACGCUUGGUCGAAUGGUUCUACUUAUCUGGUUUUUUGUGGUUUUCAUCUUAACAUCAAGCUAUACCGCAAGUCUGACAUCGAUUCUGACGGUGCAACAACUAUCCACUCCCAUCACAGGAAUCGAAUCUCUAGUAGUAAGUAAUUUGCUUAUUGGAUUCCAGAUAGGCUCCUUUGCUGAGAACUAUCUAAGAGAUGAACUCAAUGUUCCGACAUCCAGACUAAGGCAACUUGGGUCCCCAGAAGAGUAUGCUGAUGCCCUCGAGAGGGGGCAUGUUGCUGCGGUUGUUGAUGAACGGCCAUACGUAGAACUUUUCCUCUCUGAGCACUGCAAGUUCCAAAUUGUUGGCCAAGAGUUCACAAAGAGCGGCUGGGGAUUCGCAUUUCCAAGAGACUCGCCCCUGGCUGUAGACAUGUCAACUGCUAUUUUAACUUUGUCAGAGAAUGGCAAGCUUCAAGAGAUUCAUGACAAGUGGCUAAAGAGAAGAUUUUGUAGUUCACAGAACUCAGAGGAAGAUUCAGAUCAACUUCAAUUAAGGAGCUUUUGGGGGCUUUUUCUCGUGUGUGGAGUCGUAUGCUUUCUGGCUCUUGUAUUGUACUGGUGCUUGACAUUACACAGUUUCAGACGUUUCAACCGACAUUCAGUCAAUUUGAGUAACGAAGAUGUAGAUCAACCAGCUUUAUCAAUUCGUCCAACUAAAACGUCAGAACAUAUAAGAAGGUUCUUAUCAUAUGCAGAUGAGAAGGCUGAUAUAUCAAAGAAUAAGUUAAAGAGAAAACAGAUGGAGUCAGGAAUGUCAAGCAGUCGGCGGAUAGAUUUCACGAGAAGGUACUAUGGUUCCAAAAGAAUACAAGCUGCAACCAUAUCAUCAGUUAGAUAUUGUUAAUGCAGAUGCUUUUGUACUGCAGUACAUAUGAUAUGCACAAAAUUCUCGGUGAAUAACAUCAGUUUAUAUGCACGAAAUGUAUGUGGAAGUCUGGAACUAUCAACUAUUCAACGAGUUAAACAUGCACAAAAUAAAUUAAAACGCGCUUAAAAUCAAUUGAAGGCACUGAUGCAGCAUAAACAGAGGGAAAAUCUAAAGAAAAAGCCAACAUACGAGAUUUUCAACAGAUAGAAAACUUCA